CGGCAAAAUAAUGAACUCCUGCUUGUUGUAAAUGAAUGAAAAUAUAUUCAGUGUCAGCAUACGAUCGACUCGACGUAAUUAAUCUCGGUGCAUAGCUUUCAGUCUUUGAAACAUAAAACGCUAUUGCGCAAACUCCAUUUUGUAGGUCGGAUAAAACAUCAAGAUAUUAACAACAAACAGCACGUUUAUAAAUUGUCCUUAAAUAAUAUACAAGAAUUGCACUUGGGCGUUCAUAGGCUACGUUGAAUUACGUGCCUUGUUGCGGGGGUAUGUUACGGAAAUUGCACUGCCCGCUGAGAUGAACCCAGCGCUAAUGCCGUUGGACUGGCUUCUUGGGGUCUGGGAGUCAGACGAGCCAGGAGAAGGCUCCUUUCCCUCCAUACCCCCUUUCCGCUACAACGAAACUCUGCACUUCUCCCAUGUCGGCCAACCAGUCAUCAACUUCAUGUUUAAUGCAUUUAACGCAGAAAAUAAGAAACCGAUGCACAGGGAGUGUGGCUUCAUCAGGAUGCAGCCAGGCACCAACAGAGUAGCCUUCAUUAUUGCACAGAACUCUGGGCUGGUGGAGGUGGAGGAAGGAUUACUUACUGGACAGCAGUUGACUCUACACACCCAUGCCCUGGCCAGGACCUCGUUUGCUAAAGAACCCCAUGUACAGCAGAUUUCCAGAGUCUUCCAGCUGAGACCGGACGUGUUGUCGCCACAAAUGUUGGAGGGCUUAAGGAAAACGUGUUCUGGCAUAAAAAUCACGCUGGAAGACAUCGGCCAUGUGAAUUCAGAGAAGUUGCCGAACUUCCAACUUCGUUGGCUCCUGAUAACCUGGUUGAUCUUGAUCAUAAUGGGAGCACACCGUGGCUCAUUGUCUCAGUAAAUUGAAUGAGGAAACCAGUGGUCUCUUCCAAACUGACCUUUAACUGGGUUAUGUAGAUGAGGAACAAAGACACGCAGUCUUGAGUUCCUGAAGUUGCUGAGCCUCUUUGACCUGUUGCGGUCAGUCCCCUUUAAUUGGGAACUAGGAAAUGCCGGGAGUCAUUUUGGUUGCACUGUUGAUUAACGUUUGACUACUGUUGGACUAUUCCAUGUGAUUCCUAGUUAUGUCAGUGCACUAUUAAAGAGCUUUUGUUAAUGACA